AGGGAUUACAUCGCUUAGUUGGACGCGUCCGGAAGCUGUCUUAUCCGUCAACGCGAUCGGGUCCCAGUGACCUUACGGAUUACAUCCCUUAGUUGGACGCGUCCGGAAACUAUCUCUCCGUCAAUGCUCUCGGACGGUCUACAACGAACGUCCUUCCUGCUUGACCGUUCGGCCAAGGAACGCUUCCCAAUAUAAUCGUUCAUGACCCAGGAGACCUUUCCAGUAGGCGUACAUGAUCGUUCAUGGAGAGUCUCUCGGUAGUCGAAGAGAUAGGAUGACUGCUCUGUGGCUUUGCCUGAAUACGAUGAGCGCUCGGUGACUUCGCCUAUCCAGGUGUACUAGACGACGGAGACGACCGACCCGCUAGGUGUUUAACGUCCAGGUGUGCUAGACGACUGGGACGACCGACCCGCUCGGUGUUUAACCUGUUGCUGCGUUGUAUCAGCAUUAGUUUAUUGAGAGCCCGUUCGACCUUGUUCUAUGCCUUUUUCAGUCUAGCAUUAUGAUGCUGUAUCCGUUCUUGCUUGAUGAUAGACCGUUCGAUCUUAUGACAACAAAUUGAAUUUAGGAUAAAAUUAAAAAUAGUGUUCAGCAAUUAUAAUCUGACUGAAAUAAACAUGUCAACAAAUUUUAACUAAAGUAGAAUUUGAGGUGAGUCGCGUUGCUAGUGUUAGGAAGGACUUUUCAUCACUUCUAGUCGAUACACCUCAGGAUUGUGCGGUCAGAGCUAUGGCUGCGGCUGCGACUCUCGCCUACAUUUUCGUUCCUGCUUUCUAUGUGGCCAUUCGGUAUUUCUUUUUGGAGACCUUGAUGAGCUUCUUAUCCGCGACCGAUCCGUCUUUACAUACUUACGGAGAUGACCCUCUCGGAUAAGCUGCUCGAUACUGUUUUUUAACGUGGUACAUUCUUCUGUGGUUGACCAUUAUUUAGGUGAUACCGACAGGUUUUUCCCUUGUCGGUGUCCGUAGGAGAACAUCUCCGGUGGAGUGUGAUCAAAUUGGUGGCAAGAGCUUCCUCUACAACCUUUGCGCGAGGAGCAUUAAAAGCCGCAAAGUGGUUAAACUGGUAACGCGAGGGAAGUUUUUCUGGGGAUGGUCCCCGUUAUUAUGGAAUGAUCGUUUUCCCUCUUUUUUGUUCGCGUCGUUCGUCUCCUGCUGCUGCUUCUUCCGUGACUGCGUGAUGUCCUCUACCCGAAUAAACUUUGCCACCCUAGCCUGGAGUUCCUCCAUGGUUUUGGGGGGCUCGACAUAUAAGUCCUCCGAGAAAUAUCCCGGUCUCAAGCAUGAGGGUAGAUUGCUGAUAAUAAAGGAAUGGCCAAUAUCCUUUAUCCGCCUAGCGGUUUCAUUGUAUCUUUUCAUGAAGGACUUUAGAGAUUCGUCCUUCUCCUGCUUGGUGUUGACGAGUUCUGCUGGUGUCAGGUCCUGCAUUCGGCUGGACGCGUACUGCUGUCUGAAGAGGGAUUUCACCGUGGCAAAGCAGUCUAUUGUACCUGGAGGAAGGGUGUUAUAUAUAACAUCCCAAAAAUACAGUAUUAACUAUAUCAUAGAAUAAUUACAUUUAAUAAUAACUCAGAUCAGUCUUAAAUUUGAAGAGCAUACAGUUACGGCCGAACGGCCUUACAGACAGAUUUACACAUUUAAAAUGUACAGCGGUACGAAACUAAUCCGAACGGUUGACAAAAGAAGCUACCGAACGGUCAAAUAAAAUCAAAAGAGGAGGUGGUCGAACGACCACCUUGCUACGCUACACUACUGACCGAACGUUCUACUUUUCGGUCUUUACUUCUACUUCUACCAAAUUUUCUUCUUCCAGCGCUUCCUCCAACAGCUCGCCCCCUUCUGCUCACAUCCACACGGAUGAUCAUUGCAAUGACAAGACGAACGUACAAAAUGAGACACGAUAAGAAAACACAGGGUAAGCUUAUGUAAUUUAAUUCAUGCAAAAACAUACAUUUCAAAUAAUCCAACACACAAGAUACAUUUCAAUCAUGCAUAUCGUACAAAGCCUAUUAGUAGAUUGACUGUCCAGAUUGUAUGAAAUAUGUCUAGCUACAGACGUUCGUGCACUCGGGUGAUGUAGUAACUGGGAUGCACUCAACAACUGCCACCCGAGGUUAGCCUUAUCUGUCCAAAGUACCCCUAAGGACUAGGACCUCCUGCCAUUCCCACACAUGAACUACCCUCCUCUACGUGAAGACGAGUACUCACGGAACAUCAAGAUGAACAGCCAGCUUAGCAUACCCACAGUCAUACUUUACAAUUUCCAACAUUCAUACAUGAGUCGUUCCUCCCUGGAACGCUCGUCCAUAAUCCACAACAUUUCUAAAUCACAUUUUCUUCAUCUUUCGUUAAUAAAUAUUUCAUUUAAUCACCUCGUACAAUGAUUCAUGAGGAUUACAAAUAACGAACGUUCAACCCGAACUUGAAAUCGGUUCGAACACAUAGGGCUAGAGCGAACACUUGAAGUGAGUCUCAGGAGUCUUCGGUUCCAGAAGGGAUUUAGACUAAAGGGUAUUAUCGGGUUGAGAAAGAAACCGAGUAAAAUCAAUUAUCACUAUAAACGAAUGGAACGAGCGUUAUUUAAAAGUGAGUCAAUUAGAUGAACUGACUUUUAAGGACCUCAACCGAACAUCGAAAUGACCCUGCCCAGUACUAUGGCUCUAUGCGAUAACCAAUGAAUACAUAUACUUCGAGACUUUCGAAGAAGAAGACUUAGGAUAAUUCCCAUGAAGAAACCGAAUGAUUAUGGAAACUUAGUUUAACUGAGUUUAGUAUCGAGGAAUCCAAAAUGCCAGUCAAAGACUGAACACUACAUUGAGCUAACCCUAGAGAGCUUAAACGAACGCUCUUAUUAUGAAGUUUAAUUUAAGGAGAUAGAACGAGGGUCUGGUGUAAGACCAAACACUUGCUUAGGACGAACACUUGGUAUAAGACCAGGUGCUACUAAACUUAAAAUGACUAAAUAUACGAAUACAUAUAUUUACCAAAUUUUAAGUUUAUCACAGACUACUCAGAUACAACUACGCUUGGCCGAACGCUCAAGCAUAGUAUUACCACACGAAUACGCUCGUCUUCAACUAGGAUUCUUUCCAAAUGAAAGAAUCCAAUUUCAACUGAGCUUACUAGAAAUACCGAACGGUCGAGGACUGUUCAGUACCGAACGUACAAUUUCAUAGUGGAAAUUUCAUACCAAAAUUAUUUAUAUUCUAACUCAUUUCUUAACAUAUAACUUCAUAAUCUUUCACAUUCAUAUCAUAAUCAUUUUCAGAUUUCAUAACAUCCAAACAUAGAGAUUUCAUACAUUUCAUACAUCAUAACAUAACUCAAUCAUUUUUCAUAUCCAAUCAAGUCAACGAACGUUCAUGCAACACAUAAUCAUAUAUAUUAAAUUAAUAAGCUUCCCUUACCUCUAGCGUGAACGAUCGUUCAAGAUAUAGAAUUGCAGUUUGUCUGACUAAGAUUCUCCUACCCCCAACGUUCAAUCAACUCUUCAAAGCAAAACAAACAACAAACAAACUGUUUCAGAAGAAUACUACUAACUCAUGCAACCAGGAGUUGGUUUGCAUGUGCCAGGAAACGAACGACUAAAGGAGAAAAACUUACUAGAUCAGAAACUGAAACUGUUUGGUUCAGAAUGAAGCUUAGGACGUCGGGAACGUUUCUACGGUGCCUGAACGUAGAUCGGAGUAGAUAAAGGGUGAGAUUUCUUAAAGAGGAAGAGUUUCUAGUGAGAAGGAGGAGAAAUGAGAAGUUCAGAGUUUUGGGAAGAAGGUUGCAUGCAGAAGAGAGUGGGAAGGAAGUUUCAGAAAAAUCAUUUUUCUUCCCACGUCAAACGAGCGUCCGCUCUUCUGCUGACACCUGCAUCCCACUAUUUGAUUUUUAAUCCUCGUUGCUUGACACCUGGCGUCCAUUCAGAGGGGUUUUUGAGUGCGUUUUAAUGGUUCUGACUUUAUACCACGACAGUAAGUUUAUAUUUUAUUCUGUUUAUAUUUUUAUUUUUGUUUAUAUUUUUAUUCUGUUUAUAUUUGAUUCUGCUUAUGUCAACUUAAUGUCCAUAAAACAACUUAUAAAUACAAAGCCAGGAAGGCAAGCCAGGAGUCCUAUUCACACUCACAUUUACAUCAAUAGAUUGUUUACAUCCAAAAAGUAUCCUAAUAAUUUUGAUUGUUCGGCGGACCUUGAUCUGAACGCUCGCUCCUUUCGCAACUCGAUCGUUCGGCAAACUUCAAUUUCCAACGGAGGGGAGAUGUACCUGCAAGGGCACUCGGACGCUUAAGUUAGGCGUAUGGUAAAUGAAUCACAAUACUCAAUUGAGUACUUUCAGAUGUAAACAAUCUAUGAUGUAAAUGUGAGCGUGAAUGGAACUUACUUGACUUAUGGCCCUGGCUAUGUAUUUAUAAGUUGUUUUAUGGACUUUAAGUUGAUAUAAGCCCAAUAAAAUAUAAACAGAAUAGAAACAUAAACAAAAUAAAAUAUAAACUUACCUUAACCGCUUAGAUCAUAUUUGCGUUUUAUGCGAACGUUUUAUUCCUUGCUAGAUUCAUUAGCUCUAGCCUAAUAGUGGCCCGAGUGGUAUUGACCGAUAAUAUCAUACCGUCCGUACAUAGUGCCCCAAGUCCGAGUUAACCGUUCGACUUAAGACUGUAAGGUGGUUGUUAUUAGGAGGGUUCUGUGUUACGCACCGUUUUUAGCUCCGUGCUGCGCACCGUUUUUGGGUUUUGAUUUUCCGGCCUCUGGGUAUUGGUAGAGUCUGAAAAGUGGGAUCGUUGGAUUCUUUCUAAUCCUACGGUGCGGAAUGAUCAGCGGUUACAUCAGCUUCCCUCAUCAAUGUGAAAGGAUUUUCUGAGGAACCCUGAUUGUGCCCCAGCAUUUGUUGAGAAAAGGCGGAGUGGCAACCAGGCUGACGCACCAGAGCGUUCUCGGAAUAGGGCUCAGUGUGAGGUUGUCUCCAUACUUUAUGGUGAAAACGCCUUUGUCUAUGAUGGUGUUGCGGUGGAGGAGCCCGAAAAUCUUCCUUCCUCUAUCGGGAGUAACUAUGAAUGGGCCUCUCGAGAUGUCGCUCGUUCUUUUUUAACGAGGAUAGUAGCUCCAAGUUUCCCUUGUACUGGACCCAGAACCCUAGGAAGCUUACCUCUUGGCCGAAAGAAGAUAUGACUGAUAUCGAGUUGGAGGCUCUGAGUGUUAUAGCUGCGUUGCCUCGCCCCUUUUCCUCCAGAAAGAUUAUCAGCUGCCUCGAGCAUGACGAUAUGAACUCGAGGGUAUUGGCUGUUAUGGGUAAAAAAGCUUCUCUUGACUGGUUUGCCGCUGCUCAUGCCAAGAAGAAUAAAGGGGGAUCCUCGAUCCUGACGACUGUCAAGAAUCCUAUUCAUGUUGAUGACGAGCGGCCACCUCCCGAACGGCCGCUUUCAAGAAAACGAAAGAUUAUCACCGGUGGAGAUUCGAAAGCUUCCGAUAAGAAUAAAGGGGGAACCUCAGCCUUGAGGACUAUCAAGAAUCCUAUCCAUGACGAUGAUGAAUCGCCACCUUCUCCCGAACGGCCGCUUUCAAGGAAACGAAAGGCUGUCACCGGUGGAGAUCCGAAAGCUUCCGAUAAGGGGAAGAGUAUUGGAGGGGUGGUCGACCCGCAUGCCGAUCGCGACAUUCCGAACGGCAUGUGGGAUGUGGCCUUUAAUCUUGGCCAUAAGAUCGAGUUCAACUUUGAUUUGGCUGAGCAGAAAGUCAUGGAAAAGACUUCUGAGCAAAAAAUGGCAGAUGACUGCUUAGAAUUCACAUGUCGGGCGGCGGCGGCUGCCUGGAACUUAGCGUAUGCCUCCAACCGAGGUAACUUGGUCACCGUGCUUGAGCGUCUAAAAAUCGAACACGCUAAGUGUGAGCAACAGCGGAAGGAAUCCGAGGAGAUGAUAGUGAAGGGUCGGGAGAUAACGGAAAAUCUGCAGAAGGCUAGCGUUGAAAUGAAAAAGGUCAACGAACGGCUUGUAGCUGAUCUGGAAUUUUCAAGGAAAGAGAAUGAGCAGUUGAAGAAAAGCUUGACAAUUUUGACUGCCGAGAGGGAGGCCUUGCGCCAGACCAUUACUGAAAACCAGGAGUUGCAGGAUGAGAUGACUGAUGCUAUCAUCCUGGAACAUACCAGGGGCUUUAAGAAGGCGCUAAGGCAAGUGUCCUAUAUUUUGAAUGUCUGUACUGAAGGAGUCAACUUCGACAUUCGGAAGGACGUUUACCAAGGAGAGUGGGUUCCGAUAGACGUCAUUCCUGCCGGGUCAUUUCCAGAUGACGAGCCUGCAGGGACGCCCACCGAGGCAAUGGCAACAGAGGAAGCUGCUCGAAUCGAGACACCCGAGGGGAAUUCAGGGGUUCCUGCUGUCGAGGAUGCCCCCGUCUUAGACCUUGUAUAGAAUAGAUUUAACUUUUAGACAUUCUGUUAUUUUGUACUUACUGUUCUUAGGGUUGUUUGCUGCGUGUAUGUCCUCAUUUGGUACUUGUCUUGAAACUUUAUGUUCUUAUACUUGAAUGUUUAUAGGAUCGCUGUACUUGAAUGUUUAUAGGAUCGCUAUACUUCAUUGUUUAUAUGAUGAGUGCCUUUGUUGACGUU